CAGAUCAUAGUGUACACAUGUCUCUGGUGGUACCGACGACCGUCUCUGGCAGACACAUGUCUCUUUUGUUGCUUUCUGGCGUAGUGUGAGCUCUGCGUGUUCCAACAAUCUUGGCCGCCCACGUCUCUGACGCACCUACACCGGGCAACACCGAGCAUCGAGGCAAGUAGAACACCCAGAUCAGCAUCAGCAUAUAUUGCUCCACGCAUCGCUCCUUCACGGCUUGCAAGCAUCGAUGAUGAUUCUUCACCUCUCACGACACGGCACAGCAGGUGCUCAGUGGGGCAUCUCUUAGAGAUCUCUACGUACGUGGCGCACCGCGCACCUUUUGGUAGCUAAUAAUUUCACACGACCUGUAGCUAGAUCGAGACAUUGCACCAACUCAACAAAAACGAGCUAGAGAGGCAUUCCGGCACCCAAGGACGACAAGGCCGCGCGCUGGCACGCACGCGGGGUCACAUCAUGGGCGACGCCGGCGAGACGCGGGCGCUGCGGCUGGCCGCCACCGCGACGAAGUGGCUGGAGGACGUCAGCGUCGACCGCGAAGGCCACGUCCACCCCGCCGUAGCUACCGGGGGCCAGGCGCUCACCGCGCUCGCGACUGCCGGCGCCCGCGUCUCGCUCGCCGAGCCCGGCCGCGUCGUCUGCUCGCUCCGCGUGCGCGCCCCGCUCACCGACGCGGAGGGGAGGUGGCACGCCGGGGCCAUCGCGGCGGCGGCGGACAACGUGUGCGCGGCGGCGGUGUUCACGGUGCUGGGCGCGGACGUGGUCACCGUCCAGUACGGACUGUCCUACUUCUCGCCCGCCCAUCACGACGUGCGUAGUCAACACUCGGCAGAGGAGGUGGAGAUGGACGGGCGAGUGGUGGGCCGGAAGGGGAAGAUGGUGGCUGUGACGGUGGAGGUGCGGAAGAAAGAGUCCGGCGAGCUGGUGGCGAGCUGCAGGCAGUGGAUGGCACCUAUCCAGCUGACAACAAAGAGCAACACAAGCACAAGCAGCAGCAAGCUCUGAAGAAAUGCGAACAUCUCUCACAAUGGGCAUGUAAUUCACACGAAAAUCUUGGUAUAUCUCAGCACAUGUUGAGUCAAAGUGUUGGUAGCAAUACAUCUCUUCAUGGCAUCAGUGUACGAGUAACUUAAAAAAAAAGUGCACGAGUAUUUCGAUCUACUACCCACCGAGUGAAGGGCCUUCUGAAAGUAACAAAGU